UUUAUUUUCUGUCCAAACACAUCAAACUCCAUAUAAAACCCCCCCCAAACCCCAUUUGCACACACCUCUGACCUCCACAAAUGACUUCAGUUUGCAUAUCAAACUGCUUCAACGACGCACGUGACCCCCGCGUGCCAAUUCGGGCCACCUACGUGAACCUCUACAAGUGGCCCGAGUCCGACGCGGAGUUUGUGCGCUCGGUGAGCUCCAACGGGCGGCGAACGGAUCCUACACUGCGACACGGGCACCCAAGGGUGGUAGACAGCAUAUCAUGCAGGCAAAUGUAUCUCAGGAGCUAUAAGUUUUCAAGGAAAGAGAGCGUGCCGGAGAAAACCCAGAAGUGCUUUGGAAGAGUGAAGGAGAAGAUGGCAGGAAAUAACAACAAUAAUGACGGGAGUAAGGGUAAGAAAGGGAAGGGAAAAGUGGGGAGGAAAAAGAAUAGUAAGUGUUUGGUUCUCAGGAAAGUGAAGGAAUUUUCAUCUGCUGCUCUCUUCAGAAUAUUUCAGAGGUUGCUGUCUUGCUCUGCUAGUGUAGAUGUUGUGAGUCAUGAUGACUAAUUUAAAUUUUCGGUUUUGUAAUUUGUGUUAUUUGAAGGGUUUUAAUUUAGUUUUUGGUGUUUUAAUUAAAUUAUAAUCCAGAAAUUGUUGCUGUUAAUUUGUGUU